ACCGUAUUUCUUGCAGUUCAGUUUGUGAAAAUAGCUGCCGCCGAGGUUACGAUGUGAACCUGGUGUAAACGUAAAAACUGCACGUACAUGUUUAUUGUUUUAAAGUAAAGUCAGUCAAGAACGACUGUAGCGACCGGCAGUUACAGCUUGAAGUGCGGACGCGUCUGAAUACUGGGAGGAGUAAGAGUGUUUUUACAGGGUCCCGUUGAAGGUAGCAAUGAGUAGGUAAUGCAUGGUGAGAGCUGCUGGAAGCAAUGUCAGACGAGGACGUCUCAGGGAGCGAUCUGGACCAGGACCUGGACCCAGACCUGGAUGCUGAGGAAGAGGAUGUGGAGGAGGAAGAGGAGGAGGAGAUGGAGGAGGACAAUGAUGGUGAUGAUGAAGACGAAUUGCACGAUAAACCUGCCAAAUGUCGGGCAGCUCCAUUUACCUCUGAGAAUGACCCACAAGCAGAUACCAUGGGAUGGCAGAGCAGUACUCCAACUACCUCAGCUCCUAGUGAGCCUUCCCAGCCAUGCUCCCAGGAAGAUGACAAAAGUACUCACGUCCAAAGUAUUAAGAGGACAUCCAAGCCUGCUCAUUUGCGACGAAACAUCAGAAAACUUUUGCAGGAGCAUGAGCUUGAAGCAGUAACCAAAGCUGCCCAGCAAGAGGAGCUGGAGAGAAGAAAACGAUUAGAGCAGCAGAGGAAAGAUUUUCCAGCACCAGUGAUCCCUGACUUUCAAGGAGAUCUAGUGGUACGAAUGAGUGAGGCAUCACAAAAUGCACCUCAUUUGUUUAAGCAAGAAGUGAUCUGCCUAGAUAGCAGUGGAAGUGCCAGUGAAGAUGACACCAAGGCGCCACUACACUGUGCUAAAGAUGAUAUCAUUGAGCUGAGCUCUGGAGAGGAUGAAAAUUUCCAUGUUGGUAGUGAGUCUGCUAAUGAGGAAGAAGAGUCCGCAUUUGCUUCAGAGGAGAGUAGCGGAGCGCACAUUAAUGAUGCUUUGAACCAGCCUGAUGCGCAAGGACGGGUGCUAGUAAACAUCAACCACCCAUCUGGAGAAAAGGACAUUUUUCUUUCACCUCAGUUGGCCAGAGCAGUCAAACCUCACCAGAUUGGUGGUAUUCGCUUCCUUUAUGACAACCUGGUAGAGUCUUUGGAACGCUUUAAAACAAGCAGUGGUUUUGGCUGCAUUCUUGCUCACAGCAUGGGUCUUGGCAAGACUCUGCAGGUCAUUGCCUUUCUGGAUGUCUUGCUGCGAUAUACAGGCGCUCGAACAGUUCUGACAAUUGUACCAGUAAAUACUUUGCAGAACUGGCUCUCUGAAUUCAACCUUUGGCUCCCAGCCCGUGAGGCCUUGAUCAAAGACUUUAAUGAGGCAGAGGUCCGGCCUCGUGAUUUUAAAGUUCACAUCCUCAAUGAUGAACAUAAAACAACAGCUGCAAGGGCCAAGGUGAUCCAAGACUGGUCUAAAGAGGGUGGUGUGUUGCUAAUGGGCUAUGAGAUGUAUCGUCUUCUUUCACUGAAAAAGAGCUUUGUUACUGGAAGAAAGAGAAAAAGCAAAAAACCGGCAGGUCCAGUCAUCAUUGAUCUGGAUGAAGAGGACAGGCAACAGGAACUUUUGAAAGAGAUUGAAAAGGCUUUGUCACGGCCAGGCCCAGAUGUUGUCAUUUGUGAUGAAGGUCACCGUAUUAAGAAUUGUCAUGCCAGCACAUCUCAGGCUCUAAAAAGCAUCCUAACAAGAAGACGGGUUGUCCUAACAGGAUACCCUUUGCAGAACAAUCUUAUUGAGUACUGGUGCAUGGUGGACUUUGUGAGACCUGACUUUCUGGGCACACGGCAGGAGUUUAGCAACAUGUUUGAGAGACCUAUCCUCAAUGGGCAGUGUAUUGACAGCACCCCACAGGAUGUGCGUCUCAUGAGGUACAGAAGUCAUGUGCUGCACAGCCUGCUGGAAGGUUUUGUCCAAAGACGGGGUCACAAUGUGCUGAGACAUCAUCUUCCCCAUAAAGAGGAGCAUGUGAUCAUGAUGCGUCUCUCCCCAAUCCAAAGAGCCCUCUACACUGAGUUCAUGAACCGAUUCCGGGAAGCUGGCAACAGUGGCUGGCUUGGUCUUAACCCUCUGAAGGCCUUCUGCGUCUGUUGUAAGAUUUGGAACCACCCUGAUGUUUUAUAUGAAGCUUUACAAAAGGAGAACUUGGCCAAUGAGCAGGACCUUGAUUUGGAUGACAUGACCACAUCCAACAACCGUUGCCAUCCAGCAGGCAUCAAGGGAAAACUUGAUGGUGGAAAUGGGGUGGAACCAGGAAACAGCAAGUACAAUCUGUCUGCCAUGAGUUUGAAUUCCUUGCAGGAAAAAGCCAAUCAGGUCAUCACCUAUGAAUGGGCAAAGGAGAUCAUGUCUAACUACCAGGUGGGCGUGCUGGAGAAUUCAGCUAAGAUGGUCUUGCUUUUUCAUAUCAUUGAAGAGAGUGUGAAAAAGGGAGAAAAGGUUCUUGUCUUCAGUCAGAGUCUCUCCACGCUCUCAGUCAUUGAAGACUUUCUCGCCAAGCGGCCAGUGCCAUCCACCAACUUUAUAGAUGGGCCAGGCAGGAACUGGGCCAGAAAUAUUAGCUAUUACAGGCUGGAUGGAAGUACCUCCUCCUCAGAAAGGGAACGAAUGAUAAACCAGUUUAAUGACCCUAGAAAUGAGACUGCAUGGUUGUUUUUGUUGUCAACCCGAGCUGGUUGUCUGGGUGUGAAUCUGGUUGGAGCAAACAGAGUGGUAGUGUUUGAUGCAUCCUGGAAUCCUUGCCAUGAUGCCCAAGCUGUUUGUCGGGUAUACCGCUAUGGUCAGAAGAAACCCUGUUACAUCUACCGCCUGGUGUCAGACUUCACUCUGGAGAAGAAGAUCUAUGACCGACAGAUAUCUAAACAGGGCAUGUCAGACCGUGUAGUGGAUGAUCUGAAUCCUGUUUUGACAUUUACUCGGCGAGAAGUGGAGUCAUUGCUACACUUUGUAGAGGAGGAACCUAACAUAUCAAAGAUGAAACUGGCUCCAAACAAGGACAUAGAGGAAGUGAUCGACAAGGCCUGUCUCCUGUAUCCUCAUCUUAUCACCAAGAAACCUUUCCAUCAUGAGUCCUUGCUGAUGGACAGAAAGGAGCAGAAGCUCACAAAGGCAGAGAAGAAAGCUGCAAAAAAAAGCUAUGAGGAUGAGAAGAGGGCUUCGGUGCCCUAUACACGGCCCUCAUAUGCCCAUUACUAUCCUGCAAGUGACCAGAGUUUGACCAACAUCCCUGCCUUUAGUCAGAGAAACUGGAGACCACCUCCUCGUCCUGAUGAGAAACCAGUGGCCAGUGUUCGGCCUGUACAAUCCACACCAAUUCCCAUGCUUCCUCGCCAGGUUCCCAUUAUGACUGGCUCCUCACUUCCUGGUUCUAGCUCUGGACUCAAUUUUCCAAUGAGUUUCCUGCAGCGUGCUGGUGUCUUUGUGCAAAAGAUAGUGACCACUACAGAUAUAGUAAUUCCAGGCACAAAUAGCUCUUCUGAUGUCCAAGCAAGAAUCAGUGCUGGAGAAAGUAUUCACAUUAUCAGAGGAAAUAAGGGUACAUAUAUCAGGACCAGUGAUGGAAGGAUUUUUGCAAUCCGUGCAGCUGGAAAGUCAAGACCUGGAGAGGAGAGCAGCAUUGCUGCUUUAGGUUCUCAAAGAUCUUCCCUGGAACCUGCCAGUAAUGGGAGUAAUGGUCCAGGUUUGCUGGAUGAUGCUAGGAAGAGGUUAACUCCUGAUGGACUAGCCCGGCCAUUGUCUCCAGACAGCCCAGAGAUUAUCAGUGAAUUGCAGAAGUAUGCAGCAGCUGCAGCAGCAAGGGAGACCGUUAGCAAACCAGAAUCAUCUGUAUCGUCCAUGGGAGAUGCGACCAGCUUGCAGGGAGUCUCAGCUGAACAGCUACUCGAAAUCCAUGGCUUGAACCCAGGGCCUGCUUCCAGCCAGCAAGGGGACUGCAGCAGCAGCAGCACAGGAGGUGGAAGCAGUAUGGCAGCCUUAACAUCUUUAAACUUGAGGGUCAACAAACGCAAGCCAUCCAGUCCUUCAUCAGAGGAACAACAAAGGAAGAAGCAGCUGAAUGCCAGAACUUCGGUCCCACUGCCUGGGUACCCUUUCACUGGGGCUUACAGUUUUCCUCCUAUGGGUCUCAAUCCUCUGUUGGCCCAGAUGGGGCACCCAAUGUUCAUGGGUGCAGGCUCUCCUUUCUUCCAACCCCAUAGUCAGUUAGGAGACCCUCGGCUGAUGUUCCCAGUAACUGACCCAUUUAACAUGGGGGGAGCAAGUAUUCCUAGCUCCUCCUCUGCCUCUUCCUCUGCUGCUACCUCAGCCUCCUUGUCACCUUUCAUACUCAACCCAGGCAUUGCUGGCAUUCUCCCUGGCUUUCCUCUUCCCUACGGACAGUCACUCUUGCCAGAGCCAAGGAUGUAUGCACCAUUUCCAGGCAAUCACCUUCUCCCAGGAGGCCUGCCUGCUACCCCAGGGCCUGCUGGGUCAGGGUUUCUCCCAGGCUUUUCAGAUCCAGGUCUACUUGGAGCCACCUUGAUGCAGCGUGAAGCUCAGGUUCUUUCUGAGAGUAGUGGAAGCAGUUCAGAUGAUGAUGUUAUUGAGGUGACUGGUCAGUGAAGGACUAAAACUUGUGCUAGAGUUUGAAGGGAGAAUCUCUUCAGACCGCACAAAGCGCCUUUCCACCACCCCAGCAUAAGGAAUCAGGGCAACUUCAGGUGAAUCAGUGCUAACUAGAGGCUGAUUCAUUUAAUUCUGAUGUCUAUUGUGGGAUCAGAAAGACCAAAUGACCAUUGCUGGGUAAAUAUAUCAAAGAAUUUUGAGGCCCUGAUGAUGGUCAAGUUCAAAUCCUUAUGCUGACAUUAAAAAAAGGAAGAAAAAGAGGUAAAAUGUACUAUGGACACUUUGAAUUUUGUUUUGGGCUUCCAUAUUCAUCUUUUACAUUAGCCCAUCUUGGACUGAAUGACCAGGUGGCAGUAGGGGAAUGAUGAGUAGGUUCUCUUGGUUACAUCCAUCCCCUUCAGCAGAUGUUUGGGGGUGGUUUGGGUGACAGUGAUGAUUUCACUAGUUAAUUUAUACUUUGACAUCAAGAUUAGUUUUCAGAAAUAAAAAGUAUGUUCCAUUAGGCGUUUUUUCUGAUUGGUUGUUAGUGGGUGUAAGGAGAAAUUAUGAAGAGGGAAGUGUUACCCAGGUGUUUUAGGUACAGAAUGGAUGGGUCAGACUGAAAGCUUCUUCUAGACUCAAGAAUGUAUUUUAUUUCAGCCUUUAAUAUGGGGGGAGGGAAAGGGGGAAACACGGUAUAGCAGCGGCAGGUUUUGGCCCACUCUUGAGAUAACCAAUGCCUUGAUCAGUCUUGCCAACUGUAGCAAAAUGCUCAUUGUAACAUGCAUCGUCACGUAACACUUGCCCUGCAUUUGAUUUUGGAUUGCAAGGUCAAGUAGGGAAGCCGUUUUGUAUACGUUAUCCCCAACUUGUCCACAUGGGGGACAAAAACAUGAUUUUACCCCCUAUCAAUGAGCAUAUCUGCUUUGUCUUUAGGAGCAGGCUUGAUUCACAUCAGUGUUUGGGGUGUGAGGACAAGGAAGCAAAGCACUGUUGUUAUUUCUAAGUAUGUAUGUUUUUUGUAAUCUAUCUAUUUUAGUCAUUCUUUUUAUCUCUAGUUCCAUAUUCAUCUUUUUAUGACUGUACAUUUUUUAUUUGUCAAUGUGUUAGUAAGGUGACCAAAGUUAACUCCAGGCUGCAUGCCUCCCAGAAUGAGGAAAAGAACAAGCAGGUUUUAGAGGGCUUUGGGGAACAUAAUGCUUAAAAACGCAUAGACGCGUGCUGUGAAAUUGAAGUUGACCGUUAUGGGUAGGUACUUGUUACACAUUUUCUUUAUUUUCACAGUUGCAAUGAUUUUGCACAAAAAAUUAUAAUUUUAUAAUCAACUAUAUUUGAAAUAGGUCUUUCUCAAAGCCUUGCUUCAUCAUUUACAAGAAAACAGUAGACAAGCGUUAGAGUUGAGUAAAUGAGGCCUGCCUGCCUGCUACACAAUCAAACUACAGGCAGGCUGCUGUGUCCUAAACUGAAGCAAACCUGUCCAAUCCUUGAGAAGUUCAAAAUGCUGAUUCCAGAAAGAAGGGUGAAGUCACCACAGCAAAGCAGUAAGCCACUUCUAUGAAUUUGUUUUGUUAACAUAAAUCUUUUAACAGCUGGUAGAAGCCUAGUAUAUUGGUAGUGGAGUUCAAAAUUCAGUGCCCAGAAAGGUGUCAUCCAUCUACAGGAUCUUUGCUUGACUGAAGCACAUAGCAGGGUAUCAGGAGAGAAGAGUUCAAGUACCUUUCUCCCAUAUCUUGUGUGAAUUUUUAGUCUGAUCAUAAUAUUAUAGAUAUCAGAUUUGUUCUGAUUUUUGGCUCUACCCAUUAUACACACAUACAGUAUAUAAAUGUUCAGGUUAUAAUGGAAUCAUGUGGCACUUGAUUUGCCCUGAACAGAAAAUAUGAAUUACAUGUAUAUAGGGUACAUGAGUUCAAACAGUAUAAUAAUAAUAAUAAUUCAUUACAUUAAUAUAGUGCUUUUCUCAGUACUCAAAGCACUAUCCACACAGGGAGGAACCGGGAAGCGAACCCACAAUCUUCCACAGUCUCCUUACUGCGCCACCUGUGAGGACACAGAUAAAUGAAAGUGCAUAUACACAGUUUUACACAUUUAUGAAUGUAUAUGCACCAUUUAUUGUUUCAGAGGUCAUUUGUAUGCACAUAAAUUAUUUUUGUGCAGCAUGUGUGUAUGUAUGUGCACGCAUACACAUGUGCAUACGUAGUUUUUAUGUAUACAUAGUAAUUUUACAGUAUAUGCGUUUAUGUAUAUUUAUAAAAUAUAUAAAUAUAUAUUUAUACGCGUGUUUGUAAAUUUCACAUGUAUUCUCAUGUGUUUGUAUAUUUGUGCGUAGUGGGUUGGGGCAGGGGUCAAGUCUAAGUCAUGAAAUGGCCAAGCACAGCAGGCUCUUUGUUUUCAAGUUGGACAUACUAAAAGAAAGGUGGGUCCUAAAGUAAAUUUGUUUCUGCGAGCAGGAUGUCAGACAUGUUACUGUAUUUCUGCUAGCUUAGAAUACUUUUGGGCUCUGCCAGUAAAGAGGAAAACAUGUUUGUGCUGUAAUGUUUCAGUGUAACAUUCCUAAAUGAGCUGAAGGCUAAAUAUUAGUAUCCGGGGGGAGGAUUAGGGGUAUCUUGGAUUCAGUGACAGAACAAUUUGAUUGAAGGAAGUUCCUUGCAUGAAGAGCGACCGCUGGCCUUCCCCCAUGUAUUAAUGAGCUGUGUGCUUUAAGGAGUGUUGCACUCUUGCAGCUCUGUAAUGUGCCACUUAUUCAGAUGUGUGCCCCAUUGAGGGGUGCCUGCUGAUCACAGCCAGGAGUUUUGAAUGUAUACAUUUCUGUUUGUUGACAUUUGAAGUCUCUCCAUCCUGUCUUUUCCUUGAUUUUACUGGUCUAUGUACAGUUAUAUAAACAAUGGGAUAGGUUAGAUCCUCCUUUUCUGAUGUCUGAUAAGCUUAGCUUCCUUCCUUUCCACUCCAUUUCUACUUUUUUCCUAUGGAAUUCCAUUUUGUUUCCUUUCCUGUGGUUCAUUCUGGUCAUCAGCCAUUCAGAGUGUUGUUAUUUCUAGAAGCCUUAGAUGAUCAUUAGCUAUGCAAGAAUUUCUUUCUGGUUAUUUUUAUUUUUUUGGAAACAAUAAAAAAAAAACAACAAAAACACAAAUAGUGCAUUCUUUUUGUAAUCGUAGCAUAGAAUGACACUGGAUACUUCACCACCUGAGUGGACUUUGCAUUUGUCUGCGAAACAGAUUGUUUGAAUGUUUUUCUUGCCAAUAAUGUGUAGUCCCUGGAGAAGCUUCCUGCUGGGGAACAACCCGACGCAACAAAAGAAGCCUCCUCUGGUUUUGGUCUGUAUUGCUCAUGUAUUGCUGUGCGUCCAGUGUUGUGAAACCAUAAGAGGUGGACAGAUACGUGGCAUCUCUCCAUUUUGUCUUGUUAUACUUGCGCUGAGCUAGUGCACGUCUCUUAGAUUGCAGCAAAGGCUUUGGUGCAGCAUUCACUUGUGUUCUUUCUGCACCCAGGUGGACAUCUCACGUGGUGUCCCAAUCAGGAAAAAUUGCAUUGACCUUGUGAGAAACUGAGAAGAAAUGAGUAACAACGGGAUGGGUAGAUUGCUGCUCACCUCUCCUUGCUCUGCUCUUUGCGUUAUUUUCUUGUUCUCUGCUGGCACUUUCACAGUCUUGAGAAUGCGUUGCUCGCAGUGUCUCGGCUCAGUUCUCUCUCUGCUGGGCAUGCUUUUUUAUUUUGUUUGUUUCAAUGGUCCAUGUUGUUUUUUUAUGUUACACAAAAAAAAAAAAUGUCAAAAUGCAUUU